AUGUCCAAAGCCUUCGCAGUAAUCGCCGGCGUCGGCCCCGGCACCGGUGCUUCCUGCGCCCGCCGCUUCGCCUCCGCCUACCCCGUCGCCCUCCUCGCCCGCAGCCCCGAAAACUACGAGGGCCUGGUCCAAGAGAUCAACAAGAGCGGGGGCAAAGCCAUCGGCAUCUCCACCGACGUGUCGAGCGAGGACAGCGUGAAGAGCGCUUUCAAGAAGAUCUCCGACGAGUUUGGAGGCGGGGCGUGCGCGGCGGCGGUGUUUAAUGCGUCCGGGAGGUUUGCGCGGAAGCCGUUCUUGGAGAUGAGCGUGCAGGAUUUUCGGGGAAGCUGGGAGGUCAGCGUACAAGGAGCGGUGAUCUUCUCCCAAGCAGCCCUCCCUCACCUCCUCAAGCACGCUGAGGACAAGUCAGCCAAGUACCCACCUACCUUGAUUUUCACUGGAGCCACCGCCUCCGUCAAAGCCAACGCGCAGAUGUCAGGCUUCGCGGCGCCCAAGUUCGCGCUGAAGGCGCUCUCCACCUCUCUCGCCAAAGAGUUUGCGCCAAAGGGCGUGCACGUCGCUCACGCGGUCAUUGACGGUGUCAUCGACAUCCCGAGGACGAAGGACUGGCUGAAAGACAUGCCACCAGAGGCCAAGAUCAGUGCGGAUGACAUCGCGGAGUCAUACUGGAACCUCCACACUCAGAGCAAGAGAUGUUUCACCAACGACAUUGACAUCAGGCCGAUGCUCGAGAAGUGGUAG